GGGCAGAGGAGGAAAAAGACAACAGACUUUGAAUCUGUGUCCGGAUUUCCACCCAGAUCUGCGAGUGGGGACAGAAAAGGGGGUCCGGGGUGUCAGUUUGCUGCAUCAACUUGUAGAACAUUUGUUCUCUUAAUUGUUCUCCCCUCUUUCCAAAAACAUGAACUCAUCGCCUGGCUAUUUUGUCUGUGCGGCUGGCUGUGCCUGAUGGACAUGUUGCUACAGAGGCCUUUUUUGAGGGGGGGGGGAGUCGGGGAUGCUGGAUGGAUGUGAAUAAGGAUACAGUAUUGAUUCUUUAACUAGGAUUCCUUAACCCCCAUGCAGGGGAGGGGGCAUUUUGGGAGGGGGCCGGUUGGAGGCCACGCUGCUGUGAUAUUGAGGCGGGGGGGUGCCCAGCCUUCCACAGGUCACUGAUGUGGGGUUUAUAAAUAACCCUCUGUCCGAAGCCCUCACCCAACCCCGGAUUGGCAUUCCUCCCGACAGCUGCCUUUGGGAGGCGACCAAACCCUCGAGGAGACCACCUGCCCCUUUCUUCUGACUUUGUGAGUGGGGGAGGUCAACCCCUGGUUGCUGUUGAGAAAAAGAAAAAGAAAAAAGAAAAGCCGAUCCAAGUUCAGCCUAGCCGAAUUUGAAGGUGUCCAGGACCAGGACCCCGGGGUGGCAACAGAAAGGGCUCCGUCUGGGCCUAGUUCUGCUCUUGCAUGUGCGACUGGGGUUUUUGUGAGAGGGUGGACUCGGAGGGAAAGGGGGCAGGGCCCAGCCCCACAAUGGAUUAAACUUCCCUGCCAUUUGGAGGGAAAAGUUGGGGGCUGACUCUCCAAUUAAAGGGUCAUUUUUUGUCCCCGGCAAAUGUUUUGAGAUGGAACUCUUGGUCCUCUGCCAGUGAAGUUUGUCGGAAUCUUAGCAUCUUGCCAGUUGUGUGUGUGUGUGUGUGUGUGUGUGUGCAGUCAAAUAGAGAGAGAUAGUCUUUGCCGUUUUCCCGCUAGACACCAAAUAUCUGCUUGCCUGCAAGGGCAACAUCCUGUCUCUGUUGUACAGCCUUGAAAUUUUUGCCGGCACACAUGUGGGUGGGCUGUGUUGGCCAGAAUUUGGACAGGACGUUUUGUGUGCUUGUCCCCGGAAGGGACCCUCCCGGAAGCAACCCCGCUCCCCCUCAGUGAACGGACUAGCCAUUCGCCUGCCACGGCGCCCCUCAUGAGGGAGACAGAAACACACCCAAGUGACCAGCCUCUUCCUCCCCUCCCACCAGAAGCUGCCCCUCUGCCGCCUGCUGCUUCUCCCACAGGGGCAACGCUGCCUGCUCAAAAUGGUCCCCCAGGUGUCAAGACUGCCACGGUGCCCCCUGUGGAAGCGAAACCUUCCCUUCAGACUAACCAGGCGGGCCCACUGCCUGCCACGACGCUCCUGGCUGUGGAGGCCCUGCCCCCUAAGAAUGGCCGCCCCCCGCCAAUAGGUGCCCAGGCAUCGCCUCCCACAGAAGAAGAACAUCACCAGGAAAGCACCCAACAACCAGCGCCCAAGAGCGAACAGCCUUCCCCUGCCCAGGGGCCAUCCAGACCCCGGACCAAACAAGAUAUCCAGAAGGCGCAAGCCAGGCACAAACUCGCUCGAGAGCGACGGGAAGAACGAGCCAAACAUCUAGUAGCUGCCAAGCGGGUCCUGUGGCUGGAGAAGGAGGAGAAGGCUCGGGUGCUGCGUGAAAAGCAACUGGAGGAGCGGAGGCGUCGACUGGAGGAGCAGCGGGUUCGUGCCGAGAAGCGGCGAGCUGUGCUGGAGGAACGCCAGCGUCAAAAGCUGGAGAAGAACAAGGAGCGUUAUGAAGCUGCCAUCCAGCGCUCAACAAAGAAAACCUGGGCUGAAAUCCGGCAGCACCGGUGGUCAUGGGCUGGUGCCCUACACCAUGGUUCCCCUGCUCACAAGGAUGGUGCGGGCAGGUGCUCCCUCUCUGCCGUAAAUCUCCCCAAACAUGUGGACUCUAUAAUCAACAAGCGCCUCUCCAAAUCUUCCGCCACUCUCUGGAACUCGCCCAGUAGAAAUCGUAGCCUACCGCUCAGCCCCUGGGAGAGCAGCAUUGUGGACCGACUCAUGACACCAACACUGUCUUUCUUGGCACGCAGCCGGAGUGCGGUGACACUUGCCGGCAACGGCAAAGACCAGGCAGUACCCGUGUGCCCCCGCUCAGCCUCUGCCAGCCCCCUCAGCCCCUGCAACAACCAGCGCCUGCAUCAUCGCUGCUCAGAGCGACGGCGGCCGGCAACCAGCAGCCCUGAUGUGACACCCCGGCGCAAGGCUGAGGCCUCCCCUAAAAAGAAGGAGAAGAAGGAUAAAGAUCGGGAAAACGCCCAAGAGAAAAACGCCCUAGCUCUUCGCAAACGCAAGUCUAUGCCGUCAUGCCAGCCUCGCCAGCCGCACACACCUGAGAACAGCAGCCCAGGCCCCAAGCCCAGGCCUGCAUCUCCAGCUGUUGCCAAGCAACGCCCAGCCUCACCUAGCACAGGCCCUGGUUCUCCACAUCGGGCAGGCCUGAAUCGCAGCGCUCAGUCCUCGCCCAAAGUGCGGCCUCGCAGGGAGCACGAAGGGCAGCCAAAGGUCCGUGAACGGAAGGAUGAGCAGAAGGAACGAGGGUCAGCCUCCCCAGCUCCAAGUGAGACCCCCAAGGUCACAGGGAGCAGCGAAACAGCGCAAGAUGCUGCCACUCCCUCUGGGGCUGCGAGUCCAGUGCCAGCUCCUCCUCCUCCAACUCCAGGCAAACCCAUGGCAGGCACCACAGACCGAGAGGAAGCUGCCCGGCUCUUGGCUGAGAAACGGCGCCAGGCACGGGAGCAGCGGGAACGAGAGGAGCAAGAGCGCAGGGAGCAGGAGGAGCAGAAGCGGCGCCUAGCAGAGGAGCGGGCUCAGCAGGAUGCCAAAGAACGGCUACAGCAACAGGCUGAGCUCGCCAGGUUGGAGGAAGAGCGGCAGCGGCAGGAGGAGCAGCGAGCCCAGCAGGAGGAGCGCGAGGCCCAGGAUCGGGCCCGAGCUGAGGAGGAAGAGCAAGAACGGCUGCAGAAACAAAGGGAGGAAGCAGAGGCCCGUGCACGCGAGGAGGCCGAGCGCCAGCGGGUGGAGCGUGAAAAGCAUUUCCAGCGGGAAGAACAAGAGCGGCUGGAGCGGAAGAAGCGGUUGGAAGAGAUCAUGAAGAGGACACGAAAAGCAGAUGGAGCUGAUGCCAAGAAGAAAGACAACAAGAAACUUGUGAAUGGAAAGGAAGGGAAACAAGAGGGCGAGGCAGACACAGAUGGAGAAAAGCGCCCUGGAAGCCUUCCCAAGGAAGAGGAGCUGCCCGAGAUGCAGGCGUCAAGUCCAGCCAGUCAUAAGGGGCCAGCCCUUGAGGGGACCCAGCACAGCUGUCCUGUGGCUCCUGCCCUGUCCUUGGUAAACGGCCUGCAGCCCAGCAAGCACGAGAACGGCUUUUCCUCCCCCAAGGAGCCCAGCGGACGGGAGCACUCGGUGAGCCCCGGGCUGAGCAUGGCUGGCGAGCCCAUCCUGCCUUUUUCCAACAAGGAGCCCUUCCUCAGCAAGGCGGUAGCCAAGCCCCCACAGAUCACAGAAGUUCUGUAAAGCAGCGACAUCACCCUCCCCCACCCCAAAGGAUGGGUGCAAACAAGGUGCCAACUCCAGGCUAGCUCUAACCAGAAGAUCAGCCCAAGGCUCCCCACCCUGCAAGGAUCGAGGAGGUGUCAGGAGCCAGGCUGGGGGCGGCCCAGCCCCACGGACUCUUCUCUUUUCUCUUACUGUUCUCAUUUUAUGAUUAUGAUUAUUUUUUUUAAUAUGCACCUUAUCAGACUGACCCUCAACCCAUAGCUCAUCCCAGACGAUAUAAUCACAUAGUUAUUUAACUGGCUGGGUACAAAGGAUGUUAAUAAUGUACAUAAACUUCAGUGUUAGCAUGGGAUUACGCAAGCAGUUACCUCUGUGGUAUCACUGCCCCAAAACAUGUAUUCAUGGGAGAUGCCUUUGGUGGGUUACUUUUUUUAAAAUGUGGGCUGAGUCAUGGCAGGGGAGAUUGGAUCCCUUGUACACGGUUGGGGUCUGUGUGCAAGAGUGAGUGUGUGAGUGUGUGUGUGUCUGCCUGUUACAUCCAAUGGAAAGCGUCUAGAUUUCUAAUUUAAACUCUCACUAUUGGUCCCAGCCAGAAUACCUGCAGGAUUGUGUGUGUGUGUGUGUGUGUGUGUGUGUGUGUGUGUGCACCCUUAGCCACUCAACAACUGCCGUUGUCCUACACACUGUGCUUUUUUUGGGUGCUGCUGUUUCUGUGUGUGUAUGUGUUUCGUGCGUGUGAUGGCUGGGGCUGUGUUUUGCUCAGUCAUUGUGACAGUAUUAUGCAUCUGAACAACCUUUUGUGGACAAUAAAAUGGAGAAAUGGCA